GAGUGAGGAAGAAGAGGGGUGUCUCAACUUUCGGGGGGAAAAGGACUUUCGGGGACCCCGCAGCCCACCCCGGAGUUUGGGGAUCCGAUGGCCGGGGAGCUGCCGGUGGACUUGAGGACUUGGAGGAAGAGCGGCGGCGGAGGAGGAGGAGGAGGAGGAGAGGGGCCCCAGAAGGAGGAGGAGGAGGAAGAGAAGGGCCCCCCCAAAGCCCAGACCUGCCUGCCCCUCCGGAAGCGGCGCUACGCCCAAGGGGGGCCCCAGGGCGAGGAGGCGCGCGGACCCCCCGCCGGGCAGGUGCCCAAGAGGGAGGAGGAGGCCCCGGGAGGGCGGUGGGCCGCACACGGCGCACACGGGCUCGGGGGGCCCUUCCUGCCCCUCCCCUACCCGCGCCUCCCCCACGCCUACUUCUCCGGUUUGUCCGGCUCCUUCCUCGGUCCGGAGCUGACCCCCAUUUUGCACUCGGUGACCCCUCCCCAUCCAUUCCUGGGGGUCCCUACGCCCUACUCCUUGCUCUGCUCCGUCGAGGCCCAGUUGGCGCUGGACAUCGCGACAGCCACCAAGCAGGACGAAGAUGGCGACACGCCUCUCCACAUCGCUGUGGUCCAAGGGAACCUUUCGGUGGUCCAGCGUUUGGUGGCCCUCUUCCAUCAGGGACAUCGGGACUUGGACACCUUCAACAACCUGCGGCAGACUCCCUUGCACUUGGCGGUCAUCACCGGCCAGCCGGCCUUGGCCAAAGUGCUGCUGACCCACGGCGCCUCGCCAAUGGUGUUGGACCGGCACGGGCAGACGGCCCUCCAUUUGGCGUGCGAACACGGCAGCCUGCGCUGCCUCCGGGAGUUGCUGGAAGGGAGCCUGGCGCCCUUGGACUUGGAAGCCCGGAACUUCGAAGGUUUAACUCCGCUCCAUGUAGCCGUUGGAACCUCCGACCACAACAUGGUCCUUGCUUUGCUUGAACACGGGGCUGAUGUCGACGCCGUGGAUAUUAAGAGUGGGCGUUCUCCCCUUUUGCACGCCGUAGAGAACAACAACCUGGAAAUGGUUGAAUUACUACUCAAGCACGGUGCCAACGUCAAUGCGCAAUCCUACGGUGGCAACACAGCACUCCACGCAGCCAGCGGACGAGGCCUUCUGGACACGCUCCGGCUCCUGGUCCGCAACGGGGCGGACGGCAGCCUCAAGAACUACCACAACGACACCCCUUUGAUGGUGGCCAAGAACAAGCGGGUGAUUGACAUCCUGAGAGGGAAAGCCUCCCGCUCUGGACCGGCUCCGGACAACAGCCAAGAUGGAUCAUCCCCAACAAACGGCACGGAUAGAUCUCCAAUUCUCCGUCCGACUUAUACUGGUCUGCUGCGCUCUUCACCUGAUUCGUGCCCCACGACUCCGAGCCCGGCCCGGACCCCGAAGCCCCUCGUUUCGGCCAAUCAGAAGCCAGAGAGCAUUAUGUCGUCCAGUGAGUCACUGGGGACCACCCAUUUGCAGGGCGUGAAACCGGAAAGGAGCCCCUCCCCUCCCGCUGCGGAGCAGCCAAUGGGUUUCCGGGGGCCCCCCAAGUACUUCCUACCGGUCACCGAGGGCAUGAUGGACCCGGCCUUCUCCCUCUAUCCGUUUGUGAGCUCCGGCCACGGCCUUUCGCCUCAUCCUCUCCCGCUGAUCCCAUUCGGCGUGAAUCCCUCACUCCUAGCCGUGUCCUCGGAGUCCUUGGCCAAUCAGGUGCAGCCCAGGAGCAUUGGUGCGGACCAAUCACAGGAGCCGCUGGACUCUCCGGGGCCGUGGCCUUGUCCUCGGGGCAGUGACCCUCGGGGCAGUUGACAAGAAGGAGGCGAGAGGGUGGAUGCUCUCCGACGACUGACUUUGCCCAGAAUGCUCUCCGGCGCAAGGCAACAGGACAACGGAGGCUUUUGCACUUUGCUGCUAAAGAUUCCGAGCACAACAUGAAUUCCGAUCACCUCCGAGGAAUGUUUGUGUGGACUUGCAAGUCCACGGGAAGAGGAUGCCCAAGGACCGCUUCCUGGAGUAGGAAUGUUGAUGCUUCACAGGGAAGCUGCUCAAAGAUUUUUGGUGUGUAGCAACUCCCGUCGAGCCUGAGAUGACCCUCUGCGGUGUGCUAGGACCAUGUAUUGCAAGCCCCAUCGGCCACCCAGUCUCACCCGUUCAACCCGGUUGCAUGUCCCAUCCACCACCCAUGUUUUGCAAGUCCCACCCACCCAUGAGUUGCAAAUCCUACCCACAGGUUGUAAGUCUUAUCGUCUACCCGUGUAGCAACUCCCGUCGAGCCUGAGAUGACCCUCUGCGGUGUGCUAGGACCAUGGAUUGCAAGCCCCAUCGCCCACCCAGUCUCACCCGUUCAACCCAGUUGCAUGUCCCAUCCACCUGCCAUGUUUUGCAAGUCCCACCCACCCAUGAGUUGCAAAUCCCACCCACAGGUUGUAAGUCUUAUCGUCUGCCCAUAGAUUGUUAGUCCCAUCCACAGAUAGCGAGUCUCCAUGCACUCAUCCAUGGGUCGUAGAUCCCAUCCAUGGAUUGCAAAUACCAUCAUCCACUCAUGGCUUGAGAGUCCUAUCGACAGAUUGCAAGUCCCAUUGUCCGCCUAUGGCUUGCUAGUCCUACUUACUAGUCCAUGGAUUGCAAGUCUCAUAAUUCACCUAUGAGUUGCUAGUUCUACCCACCUGCUUGUGGAUUGCAAGUCCCAUUAUCCACCCAAGGAUUGCAAGCCCCAGCGUUCACCUAUGGCUUGCUAGUCCCACCCACCUAUCUAUGGUUUGCAAGUUCGAUCAUCUACCUAUGGCUUGCUAGUACUCUUGCUAGUACUACUUAUCUGCCUGUGGAUUGCAAGUCCCAUUAUCCACCAAAGGAUUGCAAAUCCCAGCAUCCACCUAUGGGCUGCUAGUUCUACCCACCUGCCCAUGGAUUGCAAGUCCCAUCAUCCACCUAUGGCUUGCUAGUCCCACCCACCUUUCUGUCUGUGGAUGGCAAGUCCCAUCACCCACCUAUGAGAUGCUAGUCCUACUCAUCUGCCUGUGGAUUGCAAGUCCCAUUAUCCGCCCAAGGAUUGCAAGUACCAUCAUCCACCUAUGGGCUGCUAGUGCUACCCACCUGUCUGUCUGUGAAUAGCAAGUCCCAUCAUCCACCUAUGGGCUGCUAGUCCUACUCAUCUGUCCAUGGAUUGCAAGUCCCAUUAUCCAUCCGAAGGAUUGCAUGUCCCAUCAUCCACCUAUGGGCUGCUAGUCCCACCCACCUGUCUGUCUGUGAAUGGCACUUCCCAUCAUCCACCUAUGGGCUGCUAGUCCUACUCAUCUGCCCGUGGAUUGCAAGUCCCAUUAUCCAUCCCAAGGAUUGCAUGUCCCAUCAUCCACCUAUGGGCUACUAGUCCUAUUCUCCUGUCCACAGAUUGCAAGUCCCAUCAUCCACCCCAAAGAUUGCAAGUCCCAGCAUCCGCCCAUGGCUUGCUAGUCUUACCCACCUGCCAGUGGAUUGCAAGUCCCAUUACCCACCUAAGGACUGCAAGUCCCA